AUGCAGUGGGACGCGGCAAGUGGCACGCUGCGCUACUGCGGGCCGCUGGGGUCGACGCUGCCACCUCCGGACCUCGGCUCGACCCGCAUCCAGCCGACGGAGUCCGCGAGUGGCCCUUGGGAGCCCGCUCCUGGGGAGGCCGCGACCACCGCUGCGUCGCGCCGCGGGCGCCCUCGCUCGGCCGAGGCGCGACCGCCGGCCAUGCGACGCCCGAAGGCCGCCGCCCGCGCCGCCCGCGCCGGCAAGGGGCGAGCCGCUGCGAAGGCAGCCCCUGCCAAGGCAGCAGCCUCGCGCCAGCACCAUCUGAAGACCGAGAGCGUCUCGGCCAGGACCGCCGUCGUCUACGAGAGCUGGCGCCGUCGCGCCGUGCGUUUUCACGGCCGUGCGCUGCCCGCCGACCUCGGGAAGCUCGACGGGAUCUUGGGGGCGUUCGUGACGGAGCUCUACAUCGACGGCGAGGCGGUCAGCUCGGGUCGCGUGAUGCUGGCGGCGGUCGCGUUCAGCCUCAACCUCAGCUUCGGAGCAACGGCGUCUUGCCUCCAGCUGGCGGGGCAGGGCGACGACGGGCUGGCGGCAGCUCGGGCGGUGGUGCUGAUGCAGGACGGGUACUUCCGGCCCUCGGAUGAGCUCAACAUCCGACGCGCCGACAUCGCCGACGUGUCCGCGCGGGGCCCGCUGGCGAUCACCAUCGCCCCUGCUCUUGCUCGUUCGCCCGACGAGAAGGGCCAGGCCAAGCCGCCCGCGAAGACGGGCGAGUACGACGACACCGUGCUGAUCCACGACCAGGUCUCCGUGGCGGCGGGCCGCGCGUACCUCCGCAAGCUGAUGGAGACGCUGCUGGCUGCUGCAGGCGCGGCGGGGUCCUCGAAACUCUUCCCGAACCUGGCGCUCGCGAAUUUCGAGCACCUCUUCGGCAGCGCCGCCGCCGACGCCGGCCUGUCGGAGCUGCGCCUCUCGCCGCGCAUGCUCCGCCGCGGCGGCCCGAGCGUGGGCGCGCUCGGCCGCCGCCGCUCGCUGGCAGAGGUGCAGGGGCCGGGCCGCUGGGGCGCGAAGGCCAGCGUGAAGAACUACGCGAAGGGCGGCCGCGUCCUGCGGCAGACUCGGAAGAUGACGGACCAGCAGCGGCGCCGAG